AAAACAUUCAGACUGGUCACGUGUUCACUUCAAUUUUUGUUUCCGCCGAGCUCCGUGUUUUGUUUUAUUUUUGAAGCAGGUUCGCAACGUGCUGGCCCCUCCCCUCUCGAACACGUUGCCAGAGGAGAGGCUCCACGGGCUGAACGGGAGUCACCCGCCCUGCUUGCCUACUUAUCCGCCAGCGCGACGCCGGCCUGACUGAGAUCAGUCUGCUGCACUCAGGCUGCUUUUUCCACCCGACUGUCCGUCCGGAAACACGGCGUACCAGGCGGAGGGAACACACGCCUCACUCCGGUUCAGUACUGCUCUCUACUGGCUGAGAGUCUGCUUCCAUCAUGUCAUCACCCUCAGACUCUGGUGAUGAAAACAGCAGUGACUGCAUCAAGAGAUUGAGUCCUCAGAAUGCAGAGGCCCUAGUGGUGCAGACCAAAGCAUCAUCCUUAUCAUCCUCAACUGCUACUUUCAGGGAAUCUCCCAACAUCCUACUUGACUCUGGUGCCUUCUGGAGGAGGAAUAGGAGCUGUGAUGAUCAACACGACUGUGCGUCCUCCGCAAACUGUGAAGCUCCCCAAGUGACAGCCAUGGUAUUUCCAUUUAAGCGAGAUACCCCAGUUUGCAAACAAGGGACAUCUUGUGUUGUGCCAAAGAGCCUUUCAGUCAGGAAGAGAACUUUAGAUGAACAUGGUGCUCAUCCUCAACUGUACAUUCUAAAUGAACUUUUCUCAUUGAAGUGCAUGGACUUGCAGUGUUAUAUCCAGCCUCUGUCAUCCAUCCUACGAGGUUUGAAAUCUGGCAGAUACUCGACACGUUUUAGCAGUUUCCAGGAGAGGGUUGCAAUGGACCGUAUCCAGAGAAUAAUGGGGGUCCUGCAAAAUCCUAACAUGGGAGGACACUUUCUCAGCAUCAUUAUGAAAAUAGAAGAGAUGCUCCAAAUUUGGUUCCCUCGCAUAAAACCAAAUCAGGUCCAUUACAGCCCACCAUCCAAGAAGCAAAAGCAGGUCCACAGCAGUGCUCCGUCGUCACCGGCAUCAGUUUGCUCUUCAGACGGGUCGUGGGUCACCUGCAACUCGUGCAACCAGGUUGGACGUCUGCACAUUUCACCCAUCUGCUCCCUAGAACGCUUAGAGUCAACAGUUGGCCCUCGAAGCCUGAGUCAGGGCGUCACCCAGGACAAUUUCGUCUCCUCCAGUACUGACUGUCGGCUGUUGCCUCCACACCGCCUGAGAGGUCCGCCGUGUUGUCUCAGUCAGGCGACACUGCCCUUAAAUAUGAGCUCUCCUUGUCUGGAAAGACUACUAAAGGCCAAGAAGAGCAACCUCACUUCAAGAAGAGACAGCAAAGAGGCUGAUUGCCAUGGAUACUGGCAUGAUUCAAGACACGUGAGGUGCCGCAGUUUGACAUCCCAAAAGAGCUAGAGGACUUAAUUUUAGAAGCAACUAAUUCAAUCUGAUUUUAGAAUCUUUUGCUUUAUUCUAUCAUGAGGUUGGAAGAAACAUAAAGCACAGUAACCGGAAGCUAAUGCUUUAUGUGCCUCAAACCUGCAUUAUUUUCACAACCAUUUAGGGCAGG